AAUGAAUUUGAUUUGGCUUGACCUGCACAGAUGGUGUUCGACGAAAUGCUCAUUAGAAGUUUUCAUGGAAUCCGGCGUUGUUCUCGUGACUGUCGAUUGAAUUACUACCCAGACCUCUAAUAUCGUUGGCAAAACAGAGUGAAGCCUAGGGCAGCCGCAUCAAGUUUGCUCCAACGCCACUUGAACCCUGUUGUAUUCAUCUUGCCGAAUCAUCAUUCUCCAGUUGAGGUUUUUCUAUUCGCACACCUAAGUAGGUAUCAUCAUGCUCUUCCUUUUAGCACGAUUGAUUUCCUUUACAAAGCUCCUCUGGUUCGAGAUGGAGGUAGGAUGCAGGGAGAAGUUGAAGAAUUGGCAGAGGCUUCCUUAUUGGAAGUCUUAUGACAGAAGAGGUUGUAAAAGUACGUACUUAUGAAGGAGUCGAAUGGUUUGAGGAGCAGGCAGUUGGAAUCAUUCAUGAGUUCCUGAGCUUGACUGUGAAGAAGAUGGUUGAAGUUGACAAAUUGGCUUAUUUUAGGAAAGACUUUGCAAUAGAAGUUAAUGUGCAUGAACUGCUUCUGAAACACGCUGGAAUAUUCUAUAUAUCAACAAAGGGAAGCACCCAGACUGUGUUUCUUAGAGAAGCCUAUAGCAAAGGAUUUCUGGAAAUAAUUCGGAAAGGUGAUAGUUUAGUUUCCAGGGCAGAUGGAGAUGGCUCAAGAGAUGGUCUCUGGGUUAUCCCAAUUAUAGAUGGUUAUGACACUGACAAUGAAAAUCCACUGGAUGGUCCCGAUGAAAUAAGCAAUUACAAGGAAGAGUUCCAUGGAUACUCUAUUGGCUUAUUCUUUUCCACAACUACUCACUCCGACAUGGACAGAAAGAAGGCAGCCUCUGCUGAGUGCACCCGAAGACAAUUGCUAAGCAUGCCUCAACAUAUCAAGACUGAUAAUUCCUUCUUCCCUCUAGUCAUACUUAUAUUUUCUUCACAUAAGACUUAUACCCUGGGAAAAGAAGCCAAGUAACUAGGGUCUCUGUGCAAGAAGAUUGAUGAAUUUUUUAGCCACAUGCCAGGUUCUUACAACCAAAGGACAACCUUAUGAGAAGCUGGGUGACCUAAUGUCAAAUUGAUACCUGGUCUCCUGUUAACUUGGUUUUGAAGGUCUUGGUAGCCACAAAGCAACAUUUUCACUACAUGCUUGCAUUGCUGCAAAGAUACGAUUUCAUACAUCUUUUUUGCCAUAUGCUAACGGACAUCAUUUAAUUUCCUUU